AAGAAAACAAAAGCCCCAAAGUUAAACAUUUUUUGUGUUUGUUGCCGUCUAAAAACAGCUGUAAAGAAGCCAACAUGGCGACAAGAUUACUAAAGCGAACUGGCGUUUCAAUGGACGUAUGUGAGCAACUCAAACGGCAUCAAAUAGAAAGUUGUAAGGACCUGUUGUCCCUGUCUCCCGUUGAGGUGAUGCACGCUGCGGGGAUGAGCUACCAGAAAGCCUCGGUGCUGCUGCGGACAGUCAGCAGAGCUGUUGCCCCUCCAGUCACCACGGCUCUGGAGCUGUGGAAGCAACACUCCUGCUUCUCCACGUCGCUGCCUGCUCUGGAUAAACUUCUGAGGGGAGGCCUGCCCUGUGGGACCAUCACAGAGGUGACAGGGCCCUCUGGCUGUGGGAAGACUCAGGUGUGUUUGAUGCUCAGUGUGUUGGCCACUCUGCCAAAGAGUGAGGGUGGGCUGGAUGGUGGUGUCAUCUAUAUAGACACAGAGUCUGCUUUCUCUGCUGAGAGGUUGGUGGAAAUCGCAAAAAGCCGGUUUCCGGGCUACUUCAGCAGUAAGGAGAAAGUCCUGCAGAUGGCUGGACGGGUCCACCUGUUCAGGGAGCUCACAUGUCAAGAUGUCCUCAACAGACUGGACAGACUAGAAGAGGACAUUAUCGCAACUGGGGCCAGCCUCAUCAUCCUGGACUCUGUGGCCUCUGUGGUGAGGAAGGAGUUUGACACAACGCUACCAGGCAACCUCAUGCACCGCAGCAACCUGCUGGGCCACGAGGCCUCCACCCUCAAAUACCUGGCCCACCAGUUCAACAUACCUGUAGUGCUCACAAACCAGAUCACCACUCAUGUAGGGGGUCAAGGGUCUGACGGGGAGUCUGGGUUGGUGACAGCAGCUCUGGGGACCACAUGGAGCCACAGUGUCAACACGCGUCUUAUUGUCCAGUACGUGGACGCACGCCAGAGACAGAUACUAAUAGCAAAGUCACCUGUGGCUCCGUUUGCUGUGCUGAACUAUACCAUUGAGAAGCAGGGGAUCUGUAUAGAUACAGAUGACAGUCAGGAGACUUUGUAUGAAGGCACAGAUCCAGGCCUCCAGCCCAUCAGAGUACUGACUGGAUUCAACAACCUGACCACAUCUGUGGACUGUACUGACAGAGAGAGGCCAGAGAGUGGCACAGUUAACUUUUUAAAGCCAGCACAUAAUUUCAACUGACUUCUUGCAAGGGUUGCAGCUGCAUAUCAGUUUCACGGUAUGAAAACUGACCUUUAUGAUUAGACCUGCAACUAAACUGCCAAUUUUCUUCAAAAGAUCACCAAAAAUACACUGUUUCUUGUAGAAAGAAAGUUUCCGUUACAAAAAUUAAGCUUAAAAUUGUGAUAAUUCUGUCAAAAUUACUUUAUUCUCCAAAAAUAAACUGUUUGCACUAAACAGAUCUUGUUAAAAACAUUAAAUUCUGCACUCCUCAGUGACAUGGUGAAGUUGUGAUUGAUUUUGCUGAAAGUUUCACUGAAAAUCAGACAGAACUGCAGGCUGUUUUCACAGAGGGGAGAGGACAGGAGAGGUUGUAAAAAUGUAAAUAGUUUGUGUAUAAUAUGUGGAGAAACCUUUUUUUCCAAUAUUCAUGACACUUGUGGACACUUGGAAAAGUGUUGUGUGUAGAUAUAGAUUCCAUUUAUUACAAUGUUUAAACAAUAUUUCGUAAAAUGUACAUUACGUUAUGGUAAUUGAGAAACUGGGAUGGACAUUUUUCAUUAUAUGUUGUCAAUUAAUGAAGUAAACAAAGUCCAAGGUGGAGGUUUAGUUAUAUAGUUUUGUAAGUCCAAACCCAAAGAAACCCCAAAGCCAUUCAGUUUAAUAUGAUGUAAAACAGA